CUCCGCUUAAGCCAACAACCAUUGCCCAUUACCUCUACAACAGCCAUUUACUAUAAUACCCUACUUCUACUCAGUAUAUACACCACAACAACGACAUAACUACACCAGCCUGAACAGACGAACAACCAUGCCCUCGCCCGACCCUCCAACCCCAGCGAUACGACCCUUCCAACCACCCAUAACAGCGCUCCUCAUCUACCCAGCGACCCUAAUCGUGGGCUCACUCUUCUCCGUGCUCUCUCCCACCGCACAAGGCACACGCGACGACGGCUCCAGCACCCUCCACCCCCACGUUGAGCCCCUAGCCCCGUCCAUCGCGUCAGACCUCAACCUCUCCUUUCCUCCGCCGCGGCCCGUCAACUACUUCGCCCGCAAAGACAACAUCUUCAAUCUAUACUUCGUCAAAGUCGGCUGGCUGUGGACCACCGCCGCUCUCGCUUUCAUCCUGCUCUCCCAGCCCGCCUACACCCUCGCCGCUAGCCACCGCGCCCGACGCACUGGCCAGGCCGUCCUCCGCUACGCCCUCGCCACGACAGUAUGGUAUCUCACGACGCAAUGGUUCUUCGGCCCGCCGAUUAUUGACCGCAGCUUUGUGCUGACGGGCGGGAAGUGUGAGCGGGCGGUGCCGCUGGCGGAGAACGAGCCCGCCGCGGCGGAUGUCAAGACGCUGUUGACGGCUGCGGCGUGUAAACAUGCGGGUGGAGCGUGGAGGGGUGGUCAUGAUGUUAGUGGACAUGUGUUUUUGUUGGUGUUGGCGACGUCGUUGGUUGUGUUUGAGUUGGUCGGGGGGAGUCAGGGUUGGGGGAAGGGAAGUGCGAAUGGGAAUGGGAAUGGGAAUGGGGAGGCGGAGAAGAAGGUCAGUGAGGAGGUGGAUGUCGUGAGGGUAUGGUCUGGCAGGUUUGCUUGGGCGGUUGCUGGGUUGGGGUGGUGGAUGUUGUUGAUGACGGGGAUUUGGUUCCAUACGUGGUUUGAGAAGGUAUGUUACGAUCUGACUGGGUGAGUGAUGAUGACGAUGCUAAUGGUUGCAGUUGACGGGGCUGUUGAUUGCCCUCGGCACAGUUUAUACGAUCUACAUCUUGCCUCGACGGGUCUUGCCGUGGAGGAAUGUGGUAGGCUUGCCGGGUGUUUGAGUAUACAUGAUAUGAUUAUGGCAUGAUAGAUGGUGUAGAGUAUAGUACACGAUGAAUACAUUUCUUACCUUAAUACACAUUAAGC